UUUUGAAGACGGCUUCACGUGACUUCCGGUUCUGUUCCGCUGUCUUCUACCUUGGGAAGCAGGAAUUCAUGCUAGGCAGGAAAGUGCAUGGUCAAAGUAAAGUGUAACCCAUAUGUGUAACCGACAGACAUGUAGCAGCGACUGCAGAAUAAAGACCGUCACAUGGUUUGUGCUUUUAAGUGUAAUUUUGUCUCAAAAAACCACCAGGCUUCAUAUUGUUGUAAGGUUGGUUUCCAAACAGUAGCGUUACGGUCCGCGCCGUCACAGCAACCAACACAGGACGAAUCGUUUUCUGUCCCCCAAUAAAACUUUGCACGACGACACACCAAAACCAAAAAAAAUGCCAUCCAGAAAUCAUCUUGACAAAAUCGGGAGGAAGAAGAAGAAGAAAUGGACAGAGGAGGCCAUGGAACGUGCACUGAUCGAGGUGAAGUCGGGAAGGUGCACGGUGAGACAGGCUGCCAAAGAGUUUGGAGUCCCUAAAUCUUCACUGGGGGACAGAGUCAGUGGACGGGUGACACCAGGGAGUCGCAGUGGGCCAGCUCAGCUUAUAACAUCUGCUGACGAGGAGCUGUUAGUGGAGUUCUCCUUAUACAUCUCCAAGCAUGGAUUCCCACUUACUAAGCAGCAGCUGGUGUCCUUUGCCUCAUCCAUUUAUAAGCGGCAGCAUCGGAGGGUGGCAUUUUCCAAACUGGGCCAGACCUGGUGGCUCAAUUUUAGAAAGCGGCAAGAAAAGAAUAUUACCAUUCAGCCAGCCGACAACGUUGUCCGUGGGAGGACAGUAUGUGUGAGGAAGGAAGCAGUGGAUCAGUUUUUUCAUUUACUGAGCACUGUCAUGGAUGCUCACGGCCUCAGAGAGAAGCCUCACAAAAUCUUCAACUGCAAUGAGACGGGCUUUCAGCUGGGCAGGAAGAGGGUGAUUCUCCCCAAACCUGCGAGUCUGGGCUAUAGGCCAACGCCAGGCUCGAGGGACCACAUCUCCGUCCUGGCUUGCUUUAGCGCAGCUGGAGAGGACAUUCCCCCAUUUAUUAUUUACUCAAAGGCCUAUCCCGGGGGAGUAUGUUACAAGACACAAGGGCCACCAAAUGCCCUUUAUGGAUGGUCAGACUCGGGGUGUAUCAUCUCUGAUCUCUUUAAGAAAUGGUUCCUCAAACAUUUUCUUGUGUAUGCACCUAAGGAGCGUCCUCUGCUGCUGAUUUUUGACGGCCACAAGUCGCCUGUGAACCUUGAGGUGGUGGAGGCAGCGCGUAAGGAGGACGUCAUCCUUCUGUGCCUUCCGCCUCAUUGCUCUCACAUCCUGCAGCCACUCGACAUGGGUCUCUUUGUGCUCCUGAGGCAACGUUUUGCAGCACUCAUAGGUGAUGGUUGUGCCACUGAUACUCACUUUGCAAUAAGCAAGAAGGAGUUCUCAGGUGUAUUUAAAGGGACCUAUCAGGUAGCGAAGGAAGAGGAGGGUGUCAGGAUUGUCAAGGAAGGUUUUAGGAAAUGUGGCAUCUACCCCCUGAACCACUUUGUCAUCAACGAGGGUCAAUUAAUGCCAUCACACAGCAUGGGCUCAGCAGCUGGACCCUCCUUGUCGACAUCAGCACAGGGGGUGCACACUGUAGGAGACCUCACAGCUGCUGGACCCUCCUUGUAGCUCAUUACUACCCAAGACUAUCAAUCAGCAUCAGUACCUCUGAGGAAAGAGCCUUCCCGCCAGAGUGCGCUCUUUGUCAGCUCGCAAAGAAGAAAGGGGUGUGUUGAUAUUAAUUACUUGUCAAAGUUGUGCUCAGAUUAAGUAAUUGAGUAAUAAUAUUUGAAUGCUGCACAACAGUGGUUCCCAGCCUGUGGGGGUCCCAAGAUAAAACUAAAGGAGUCAAAACAUUUUUCAAGGUAUAGUGAAGAGAAUUAUUGGCUAUUUUUCUGCUGUACAAAAUUAUCUUUUCUUUUUUCUGAGAAUUCUCUCAUUGUUGGAUACUUUCAACUCUUCAGACCUCAAAGUCCUUCAAAUUAAACUAUCUGAGAUGGAAAAAACAUUUUUACUUUGAACUGUUCACAACUCAUGUCUGCAUAGAGAGCCACAUUGAAACUGGAUCUUCCUGUUUCUGUUCCAGAAGUAGGAGAACCUGAUUCAAAAUCCCACUAACAUUUCUAACUUAUUUUGAUAACUAAAAAUAGAGCUGUUGAGCAGAGCCUUUCUCAACAGCAUGUCAUGUGGCUAACUUUAUGUGUUAAGAUAAGUAUGGUAGUUUUUUUUUGAAAAACAAUCUAAUAUCAUUGUCAUUUCAAUAUUUAUGUUUUAAGCUGCUUUUAACGUUAUUUCCCAUGUGUCCUAGACGUUUGUGAGCUAAAUGUCAUGUCUCAACAGAGGAGGCGAGUCCGGUAGUGAGUUGAGGGGUCACAGCUAGCAGAGGCACAUCUGUAUAACAACAGGAAAGAGAAGAGUGAAUGCUGUAGAAGUUGGUAGACUUAAGAGAUUUCAAGAAAGUUGAAAAAAUGACUAGAAGGGAGUUUUUUAUUGGUAUGGAAAAAACCAAGUUACGAUAGUGUGGUUUUUUUCUGUGUUCACAAAGUAAACGUUUAACUUUGUUAAAAUCGUGAAGGUUUCAGUUUCUUAUAGCAAGUGUUGUAAUGGCUGAUGCCAAUUUGUCUUAGAAUAUGGAAAGUAAACCCCAGAAACACGCUUCAUUUUCUCACAAAGACCGAUGAAAAGAAAUGCUGAUUGAGAGGUUGCAUUGACUUACAGGAGCUAGUGGAACAGAGGCUGGGCAAAUCAUUGCUUAAUUUUAAGGGAUCACAAGCCAAAUAGGUUGGGAACUACUGCUGUACCACAAAUUAACUUGUCAUUUUUCUUGUAUGUGAUUGGUGGUCAGCCAGUUCGUUAAGCUAGCUAGCAUCAGGCAGUAUGAAUACAGACAGUGUUGUGCUCGGUUUCUUUUUUAGUGGAUCCCUUGAAGGUAAGCGGUAGGCUAGUCUACAAGUUAUCUGCUCUGAGCUAGCUUUCUUAUUCUGUUCUAUACGGAUCGCACAAGUUAUUUACUCAUUCAGUGUGUAUUUAUUGAACUAACAGAUCUUAAGGAUGAGAAGAAAUUCACCUCAUUGUUCUUAAAAUGCUUACAAAGAUAAGAGGACAGAUAUCAAAGCUUCACCACAUCGUUAAGUGUUAUUUAGUUUGAGGCACUCCGUAACUACAGAAGUACAUUGUAAAAAUCAAGACAGAUGUUGAGAUCCGGCAAGAUUUAUUAUGGUCCAGUAUCCAUGCGGAAGAUUAGGAAAAAACAAUCCACUUUUAAAACUUGUUACUAAGUGAUUGCUCCUUUUUGGUGUUCAAGCCUGCUGUGAGACACACUGACAGAACCAAGGGGUAAACAACACUGACACUGAGAAGAGAAAUGAUAACAUGUCUUUGAAACAGCUAACUCAGUUCAGCUGUGAAUCUUUUCAUUGCAGACCUAAUCUAAAUAUACUUGGUCCAUUAGAUAGUUAUAAACAGAAUAUAUUGUCUAAAAUGUCUAAGAAAUAUUAAGGAAAGUCUAGCCCUUUUAUGAAUUUUGGGAGGGGUGUGUAAAUACAUAGGUAUGAUCAAAUAUGUUUUCUAUUCUCUCAGUAGAAGGGAGCUAAUAGUGUGACCUCAGGGAGCAAAUCCAGAAUAAAGGAUUUUUUUGAAAUAUUUUGCAGUACAAAUGUGUCCAUACCCUUAAUAAUUUACCAAAGGGGGUUGUACAUGUGUGUGUGUCUGUGUGUAUGUGUGUGUGUGUGUGUGUGUGUCAUGUACGUCUAAAAGUCAGAUGAUGUAAUAUCAAUGCAAUAGGUACAAGUAAAACAAUAACCAGGCAGGGAACGCUACUACUGUAUAUGUAUUAUUAAUUAUUAAUUAAUUACUGUGCAAACAGUCAAUGAGUGCUUCAGAACAUCUUUACAUUCUAUUUAAACUUAAAGGAGACAACUCUGAAUAUGGUUUUAUUCAUUUAUAAUUGUUGAAUACCAUUUUACAGAAAUUGAUUGGGAUUUUUUUUAUCCUCAGCAAAACAAUGAGAUUAGUAUUUAAUCUACGGCUUUAAUCUAAGGCUGGUCAAAUAUUUGUACAGCUCAAACUUGGGAUUCAUAUUUUUAUAAUGGUCAUUGGGAAGCUAAAAGGAAACAUAAGAAAGGAAACUGUGACAGCAGUUGUUUGUUUCUGUGUACCUUGAGGUGAAGUACUCCGGUUAAGGUUUCUAUUAAGAUUGACAAUGCUUCAUCAACCUGCUAAAGCACAGGUCGGCCUGUAGCAUACUGUAGGUCUUUAUGAUGCAACAGAGCGGCACCAGAGUGAAGUUAAUGUUUAAUAUCACAGAUGGUGAUUUGUGCCUGAAGCCUGAAACCGUUUUAGUCAUCGUUCGCUUACACAACAGAGUCAAAGGACAGUUUCAGUUUGACUUGCAGAACUGCCACCACAUUGUUUCUCAUGUCAAAGCGGGUCUAAGCAGCACAUUUUAUAAACAAUGGAGAUACAUGUAUGUCAGACAGGAUGACUGAUAUUUAAAUAUCACAUGGUUUCAUUUUGUUUUCUCAUUUUUCCAUUCAAAAAUCAGCUAAAUUGUUAAUUAAAUCUAUAAAAGAAUGACUUAGUCAGAAUUGACAAAUUUAGUGGCAUCUUCUUCAGACACAGCUGUUAAAAUUAUGUUUACCAAACAUUACUUAGUCAGAUCUUUUACAUUUAGUGUAUAUUAUGAUAAGAAUUGCGGUGUCCAUUUACUUCUCAACGGCCAGUUUUUUCUUAUUUUUCUCAUACUAAAAUCAACCAGUCAUCACAAAAUAUGUUAUUGCAGUGCUUACUCUCAGACCUAUGAAAUCCAAAGAAGGUCAGAGAAUAGCAGUGUAAAAGAACCUCAAUCACCUUUUCCCUUACAUGUUUUUUAAUGAAUUCUUCUGAGAAACACAUACGUUCAUUAACAUUUUUAUCCUUUUUAAAUAAUUUGAGAUAGGCAUUAAUGUUCACAUCUGAACAUUUAUGCUGUAGCACUCACUCGAAUUUCUUGGCUAUGGAGAGGACGUAUGAUUUCUGCCUGGCCUCCACAGCAUGGUCCAUCCUGCAAGACAGAAGAAAGUGUUGUUGUUUGUUGCACCAUUUCUUUCUCAAAAAAAUCAGUAGGACUAUUAGAAAAACGAGACAAAACUAAGGAGGACCCAAUAGCUGUCAUGUUGUUUUCUGAGGAUAUUGUAAAAGUGAUGCCUUGCUACACCAUAGCACACCAGUAGGACACAGGAAAAUAUGACAGCUUCAGCUUGAAACGAACACACGGUUUUGGAUUUUGCACCUAAACUGCCGAGUAUACCGUGCUUUGUCUUGCUCUUCUUU